AUGGGAGCCGGUAACCGGACCCGUAAAAUCGCGAGUAAACAUAUGAAUAUAACCGAUCGAUUUACAUUCAAUACAUCGUUUGAUCAUAAAUUAAUUCGUAUAAAAAUAAAUCAAGUACAAUUGAAAGAAACAGCUGAAGAAAAUACAUCAACAACAGAACGUGUUGUACAAGAUCGUCAUUAUCAAAUUGAUGCUGCUGUUGUACGAAUAAUGAAAACUCGUAAAACACUUGCACAUGCUCAAUUAAAAUUUCCAAUAUCUGUAUGA